AACAGUUAGUCAGACACCUCGGUAGCUUGCAGGACAAAAUAGACGAACCAAUAAAGCUCUUUAGACGCUUUGGUGUAUAUUAGCCAUUGUGUUUUAAACACACUUCUGUCGUCUAGUUAGUUAUCUGAUUUAAUUUCAUAUUUACAUUGUUAUUGGACAGCUAGCUGACUGGUUAAGUUAGCUUUAGCCUAGCUAGCUAACUAUUAGCUAACAUCAUCGACCAUGAGCUCCCUGCGCUACUCUCCUCCUGUUGGAGACGAGGAGGUCUGCUGGACAGAGAAAGAGGGUCGGUGGCUGAACAUUGUAGUGAAAGAGGAGGAGGAAGAGGAGGAUGUCACAGUAACAAAAGUGGAGGAUGUUACAGUAAAACAAGAAGUAGAGGGUGAGGAUGUUGCAGUGAAAGAAGAGGAAGACGCGUUCAGAGUGAAAGAGGAGGAUGUUACAGUAAAAGAAGAGGAAGGAGAGAUAACUGUCAUAUUGGAAGAAGAAGAAGAAGAGGUUGGGGAACUGAUUAAAACCAGAGAGAGACAAGACUAUCGUGGAUCCUCUGGGGAGCCUCAACAACAUCAUGAUGCUGACGAGGCAGAGAAGAGUCUCUCCAGAGCAGAAAACCUCAAGAAACCCCAGCAGAGACCCACAGGGAAGAAAUAUCACCACUGCCCGGACUGUGGGAAGAGUUACUCAAGAUCAGAUUCACUAAAAGUACACUUGAGAAUUCACACAGGAGAGAAACCUCACUGCUGCUCUGACUGUGGGAAGAGAUUUACCUCUUCAGCAGACCUGAAAAGACACGAGAGAAUCCAUACUGGUGAAAAACCUUAUAGCUGUAAUCAAUGUGGGAAGAGUUUCACAACAUCUAGCCAGCUGACUAUACACCAGAGAACACACACAGGAGAGAAGCCUUACCACUGCUCUGACUGUGGAAAGCGUUUUCUUAAGUCAGGACAUUUAAAAUCACACCAGAGAACACACACAGUAGAGAAACCUUAUAGCUGUGAUCAAUGUGGGAAGAGUUUUACUCACUCAAGCUGCCUGAUAGUACACCAGAGAACACACACAGGAGAGAAACCUUAUAGCUGUGAUCAGUGUGAGAAGAGUUUUGUUACUUCGAGCCGUCUGACUAUACACCGGAGAACACACACAGGAGAGAAACCUUAUGGCUGUGUUCAAUGUGGGAAGAAUUUUGUUACAUCUAGCAGUUUGAUUACACACCAGCGGACACACAGGAGAGAAAUCAAUGUGGCAAGAGAUACUCUGAUAAAAAAAUCUCUGAUUUAACUAUCAGAAAAUACAGCCUCCCGAGUGGCGCAGUGGUCUAAGGCAUCGUAGUGCCACUAGAGAUCCUGGUUCAAGGCUCUGGGCUGAUGGAUUCCCAGUUUGGAAAGAGGGUUCAGUCAGUUUGGGAACCUAAUUGUGGAAAGACAUUUUCUUGGACACAGGACCUAAAAUAAGACAAUAUAGAUGCUGUGUUCUGACAAGUUUUUGGCUGAGAAUGUUGUUGAUGCCUGAAAACACAUGAGAGGGAACACACAGUAGAAAAGCCUUUCCAAUGUUCCACUAUGUUGUUGAUGCCAUGUGAUAUCAUGUUUGUAUGAAAAUCUUACAAACUAAAAAAAAUAGGCCGAGUUGAGUUUUUUCCUCUCGAGACAUGAUCAUGUCUGAAAUCAGAUUAAUAUUUUAAUGUGUAUUUUAUUUUAUCUUGAUUAUGGAUUUGAUUGAAUACAAGUAUGAACACUUUAGAUGUUAAUGAUAUGAUUUGGAAAGUUGUAGAUUUUAUUAAAUAGAUUUAAUAAAAUGUGUAUUUCUUGAUACACCCCAAAGGG